GCGGGCUGGGCGGAUGCGAGUGGUUCUGGUGUCAGGGGGUGACGUGUGGCUACCAGGUCCUGUAUCCGUGGCAGCGGCCGGUUGUGGUUAGCGUCUGGGCCGUAGCGUGCCGCCGCAACGGGUCGGCAGUUUUUCAGGUUCCAUGGCUGUUUUCCUCCAGCUAAACUGUGCUGGUCCAGGGCAGGCACCGUGUUGCGUUCAUCUUCACACCCAGCAUCUAGCAGUGCUGGCAUGUAGUAGGCACUCAAGAAAUGUAUGUUGAAUGAACGAUGCCUGUGACAAGCAACUGGACUUUAUUCUUUCCUGAUCCUUGCUCCUAUGACAUACCUCCUGACUGCCACUGUCACCCCUUCAAAGCAGAGCUUCUCUAGGGAGCCUGGAAGGGAAACAGCUAUGGCCAAGGACAUCUUGGGGGAAGCAGGGCUGCACUUUGAUGAGCUGAACAAGCUUCGGGUGUUGGACCCAGAGGUUACUCAGCAGACCAUAGAGCUCAAGGAAGAGUGUAAGGAUUUUGUAGACAAAAUUGGCCAGUUUCAGAAAAUAGUUGGUGGUCUAAUUGAGCUUGUGGAUCAGCUCGCAAAAGAAGCGGAGAACGAGAAGAUGAAGGCCAUUGGUGCUCGGAACUUGCUGAAAUCCAUAGCAAAACAGAGAGAAGCCCAACAGCAGCAACUGCAAGCCCUAAUAGCAGAGAAGAAAAUGCAGCUAGAAAGGUAUCGGGUUGAAUAUGAAGCUUUGUGUAAAGUAGAAGCAGAACAAAAUGAAUUUAUUGACCAAUUUAUUUUUCAGAAAUGAACUGAAAUUUUCAUUAUUUAUAGCAGGAAAGCAAAAAAGCACCCAAAACAAACAGA